CAGCGUCACCUCACUGCCACCAGCCAGCUGGAGAGGUGCUUCCAAAGGCCCCUCAAGGCCACUCCUCUAAUUCCCUCCUCAGAGCCGUCCCCGGACUUGGGGAUGGAUUUCGGGGAUACCAAAGGGCUCCCCAUGGAUCUGCCUUGUUACCACGGCCCUCUGUCCAAGAAAGACUGCGAGACUUUGCUGCUCAAGGAUGGGGUGGAUGGCAACUUCCUGAUAAGGGACAGCGAGUCCAUGCCGGGAGUGCUGUGCCUCUGUGUCUCGUUUAAAAAUUUCGUCUACACAUACCGAAUCUUCAAAGAGAGACAUGGGUUUUACAACAUACAGACUGUGGAAGACACUCCCAAGAAGAUCUUUCCAGACCUAAAGGAAUUGAUCUCCGCAUUUGAGAAACCAAAUCAAGGGCUGGUGGUCCACCUUGUACGGCCCAUAAAGAAAACCAGCUCCCACCUGAGAUGGAGACGGUCACAGAUAAAGUUGGAUAAUAUUUACGAGAACAGUAACAGUGAAUAUGUGGAGGUCUUGCCUUGAAGACAAGGAGACUGAACAAAGCAAUUCGAGAAGACGUCAGGUAUCAGCUCUCACCGGUGACCCUGCUUCUCCUGCAGAUGUGGAC